CAGGCCCUCGUGCGUAUUUGGGCGGGUGUGGGUUUCAUCGUCUCUUGUGUAAAGCCGAGCGCGACUGUGGAGUUAGCAUGGGUUCGACGGCCACUAUCUCCUGCGACUUCCAGAGGCUGCUUUAGUUUAGGGGCCCUCAAAGCAACGCCCACAGACAGCUCCAGACUCUUGACCUCAACCCUUCCUGCUGCCCCUGUCUUGACCGCAGACCCUGUUCCUGCCCAAGGUCAUCUGGGUCUGCUGCUUCUCUGAGCACGGUCUUCUGCCUCCGGCCUCUGGAACACACAGAACCAUGAAUAAAUGUGGAUGGCCUGGGUUCACACCCCAGCCCGUAGUCACAUUACCUGAGCUUGCGGUGGAGUAUCCACAAGGAGUACUUUACCUCCUUGAAAAUUAAAGUCCAGCAGUCCUAAGCUAUUCUCAAUCCAUAUGUCUGCAAAAUUGAGAGAUUCAUCAACACUCCUUCCACAAACUUCAGAAGAGCCUGACAGCAUUCUGGUAGUGAAGAUGGAAGAAGAGGAGGCCAGUAAUCUGGACUCCAGCCUUCACUGGAGAAGCUGCUACAGCCCAGAGACCUUCCGCCAGCGCUUCAGGCAGUUUGGCUACCAGGAGUCACCUGGGCCCCGGGAGGCUCUGAACCAGCUCCGGAAGCUUUGUUGUCAGUGGCUGAGGCCAGAGGUAUACACCAAGAAGCAGAUCCUGGAGCUGCUGGUGCUGGAGCAGUUCCUGGCCAUCCUGCCAGAAGAGCUGCAGGCCUGGCUACAAGAACACCCGCCAGAGGACGGAGAGGAAGCUGUGACUAUGCUGGAGGAGCUAGAGAAAGAGCUUGAUGGACCUACUGAACAGCCUCCAAUAUCCUGUUUCCAGGUCUUUGGACAAAAUGAGGACAUGCCUACAGAGAAGCUAGCACCUUGGGAAAUCAUUCAGGAGUCAUCAAGUACCCAGCUCAAGCCUGAGAAGAAGCAGCUGCAGUGUUCGUCACGAGAGCUUCACUCCUCCAGACAAAAUGAUAAAGACACCAGAACUAUAAAUAUGAAAUCAGCUUCCAGACAAAAGACUUCUUCAGGCACAGAACUUCAUUACAAUGUUUCUAACAUUGUUCAUAUGAAUGCUUCCCAGGGUUUUACAUCUAGAGGAACCUGUGAACAAGGUAGCAGGUUUGAAAGAAGACAUAGAAAUCCUUCUCGAAAAAAACAACACAAAUGUGAUGAAUGUGGCAAAACCUUUAGUCAGAGCUCAGCCCUUAUCCUACAUCAGCGAAUCCACAGUGGAGAGAAACCUUAUGCCUGUGACGUGUGUGCGAAGGCUUUCAGCCGAAGUGCAGUUCUGAUUCAGCAUCGAAGGAUCCACACUGGGGAAAAACCUUACAAAUGUCAUGAGUGUGGGAAAGCCUUUAGUCAGAGCUCAAAUCUUUUCAGACAUAGAAAAAGUCACACUAGAGGAAAAAAUCCCAUUGGUACUGUGAGGGAAUCAAAGCAUUUACUCAGAACUUUUCCGACAGAGGAAGAAAACACAAAGCACAAACACCUUCUUAGUAUAGAUCAGUGGUUUUGAUGGGCACCAGUUUCCUUUCAGAUGUCAUAAAAGCCACAGGAGAGAAUAUGGACUGUCUUAUGUAAGCAUUGUUUGCUUUUCUGCUUAUCAAUACAUUGUCAAUGUUUGAGAUUCUAAAGCUCAAUUCAGAUUUCCAUCCUUAGGUAGCUCUUGAAAAGACAUUCUCAGACUUGUUCUACUAUUUCCAGUGUGAACACAAAUAAUGAAUAGUCCAGUUGACCCUUGAACAACGCAGGUUUGAACUGCACGGGUCCACUUAUAUGUGGAUAUUUUUCAAUAUAGAGUAGGCCCUCUGUAUACCUGGGUUUUCCAUCUGCAGAUUUAACCAGCUGCAGAUUGAUUUGCGGAUGUGGAAGAUCACCUAUAUGCGUUGUUCUGUGCCAUUGUAUAUAAGGGACUUGACCAUCUGUGGAUACGGGUUAUCUGCAGGAGCUGGGGGUGUUCCUGGAACCAAUCCCCUUCAGAUACUGAGGGAUGACUGUAUAUUCCUUUUUAGACAAGUACAUUUUCCCUGUUGAGAAGAAGUGUGUGAGUUAGUAUAAAAAUGGACAUUCUCUUCCAUUAUAUACCUUGAGCGCUAGAGUUGUCAGACCAAAGAAGAUUAAUCACUUAAAAAAAAUUCCCCAUUUGGUUUUCUGCUACCAGAUUCAAAAUAUGAGAAUAGGAUUGAAGAGGCCCAAAAGAAUAUGUACCUUAACACCUAGACUGAAAUGUCAAGAGUCAUUGUUAGGAGGCAGGUGAGUAAAGGAACUUAAUCUCUUAUGAAAACUCACACGAGCCUACACAUUACUCCUGUGUAGGAAAAAUAUAACCUCCCUUACAAUGUAAUUUGGAAAUAACUCAGUGAAAACAUUAAGAUUACAUGUCUUCAAUGAGUGGCCUAAGCAUGAGGAAUGCUCUAAUAAUAAACAGGGCUGUCUAUGAGUGCUUAUAUAAGGUUGAUGACCAUCUUAAUAAAAAGGAAAAAAGGAGAUGAAGAAAAGACUGUCCAAACAAGACUGAUGAAACACAAAUGUUGGCAAGUACAGCACGUAACAGAAGUGUACCAUAGCUUACAUGGAAAGGGAAACCCUUAACAGCUGAUGACUAUCCUUCAGAGUUCUUCCUGGCCCCUUUUCUGGCAUAACUCAGCUGUGAACAUGUUUCAGACAUUACAAGACAGCCUUUUAUGGGCCUUAUGCAUUCUUAAUAAGAUGAGUUUUUUGACAAAGCUGUCAAGAAGUAAGAUCCUGGGUUUUGAUGCUCUUGUACUAAAGAGGAAAUCGCUAAAGUCAAUUUAGAGUCCACCAAAGUUUUUUCCGUAUUUAAUUCAGUCAGAUACCCUGUUUAAAUAUAAAAUGACUGAUUCGUAUGUCAUUAAAAUUCUGACAAUGUACAACAUAAUGUUCCCUUUUCCAGGGAUUCUUGGUAAGACUGUAUAUAUUAUAAGAAUACAUGUGUUAUUGUGUUUCCCAUGGUGCCACAGUUACCCAACAUGGAGACAAACACAGAAGUGAAAGUCCUUGGAAGGAGAAAAGAAGGAGCUUAUUGUGAACUUUCUCUGGGUUCCUCAUGAAGUGUAAACAUUUCAUUAUCAGAAAAUCUAACCAUAUCUAGUGUUUAGAGUAACUCCAGAAAAAAUGGAGGAUUGCUGUGCUCUGCUUAGUACAUUGAUAAAUGUAAGAUUAGUAGGAAAAGUAAAUGUAAAUUUUAGCUAUAGAAUUUUCUGAUAGUGAUUAUAUGUUAUAGUUCUAGGAAAUAUGAAUAUAUAUUGGGUUUUGUAUAUUUUCUGUUACUAAAAUUGUAGGAGUCCUUAUUUAGGGUUCAUUCUCUGUAACUAAAGUGAGGAAUAAGCCAUCUAUUAAAUUAAAGCAGGAGAUGCCUCAGAGAUAUGUGUAUUGUGAAUUACUGCUUAGUCUUGGAAAGACAGUUUCUUAGGUACUGUGUGAAUACAAUGACAGAAUCUAAAUCAAGUAUUCUGAUGGAAUUGUCUGUCUUCACUUGGUGCUGCCAUAAACUUUGCAAGAUUGCAUUCUCUACAUUGUGAAUAAUCUGAAUUUCUCCUCCAGAAAGUGAUAUGAAUCAUAUUAUCUAAAUACAUGAUGAACAUUUAAAGGGUGUUGCUGUGUACUUUGAGUUAUCUUGCACUUAACAUAGGUCUUCUAAUGUAGAAGAUGCUAGUUUAUCUAAACAGAAUUACUAUGACUUGAGCUGACCUUGAUAAAAAGUAGCAUAUUAGUACCACUAUUAGAUUGCUUAAUUUCCACAGAUAAUAAAUUCUCCAAAAUGAAA